CAUCAUACCGGUAACGUUUUGAACAAGCUUUGAGAAGUGUAUGCUCUGGCGCGAAGGAUUGGUAUCAUCCCGUGGAGGGGGAAGUUUCAAUUUUGUCUCUUGUUUCCGCGUGAAGGUUUUAGCUUGCUGUGCACUUAACUGUGUCGAAGAAUCCAGGCUGCUUCUACGCCCGUCUUUGAGGCUGUUCGAAGUGCUGCAUAUUAAUUGAACGUCAAGUUCCUCCCGCAACAAUGACUGCACCAAAGCCCAGGUCAGAGAUGAACCCUGAGGAGCUGGCCAAGAUGGAAGAGGAAGAGUUCAACACAGGCCCAUUGUCUGUGCUGACCCAGUCAGUUAAGAACAACACCCAGGUACUCAUCAAUUGUCGCAACAACAAGAAACUGCUGGCCCGUGUCAAAGCCUUUGAUCGGCACUGCAACAUGGUCCUGGAGAAUGUGAAAGAGAUGUGGACGGAGCUGCCAAAAACGGGCAAAGGCAAGAAAAAGGCCAAGCCGGUGAACAAGGACCGGUACAUUUCGAAGCUGUUCUUGCGCGGCGACUCGGUGAUUCUGGUGCUGCGCAACCCGCUGGCCACAGCGCAGGGCAAAUAGCGACUGGCCAGCCGACUGACCCAUCCCUCUCACGGCAGGAGCUGCCCGCAUCGCCAUCGCAGUGUAUCGCCUCGCGUUUGUAUCAAUACAUGUCCGACUGAC